AGACGACCAGCACAGAGAUGGACGGCCGAGAUGGAUAUGGAACCCCAUCAUCCUGACUAUAUAUAAGCUUCACGCCGCGACCUUCUUCCCCUGGCCGCUGUCUCUGAAACCCUAGAUUACGAGAAGCUAGGGCAAGAGGCGCGAGGAAUCAGGCGGCGAUGACUUUCAAGCGCAGGAAUGGCGGCCGCAAUAAGCACGGCCGCGGUCACGUCCACUUCAUCCGCUGCUCCAACUGCGGCAAGUGCUGCCCCAAGGACAAGGCUAUCAAGAGGUUCCUUGUGAGAAACAUUGUUGAGCAGGCUGCUGUGAGGGAUGUCCAGGAGGCCUGUGUCUAUGAUGGAUACACUCUUCCGAAGCUGUAUGCGAAGAUGCAAUACUGCGUCUCUUGUGCGAUUCACUCGCAUGUGGUCAGGGUCAGGUCUCGCGAGGCUAGGAGGAACCGUGAGCCACCACAGCGUUUCAGACGCCGGGAUGAUAUGGCAAGGCCUGGGCAAGGACCUCGCCCUGUUGGAGCUGGAAAUCCUGGUCGCCCAUGAAGUUCUCUAAUUUGUUUAGUGGUAUUCUGAUGGAGAUUUUGGACGCUGAAUAUUAUUCUCUGGACUAUUUUACAGCUUACUGCGAGACUAGUUAGCGAGGCAGGUUAAGAACUAUUACUUUCGUCAUUAUAUGUUGAGAUUGUUAAGUUUUGGUGAUUCCUGUGGACUUGGACAAUUAGUCUGUUGCUUUGUGAUCGGAUUUCUAUGAUUUGCAAUGAAAGAGUUAUAUUUGGAUCUUUA